AUGGCUUGUCAAUGCUUAAGAAUUGAUCAACUCGAUUCUCACGUUCUUGACGAGGAGAUUAGAAAUAUUACCAUAGGCUCAAUAGAAGGAGUAUUAAAAACUAUUCCAAUUCGAGCUGGAAGAAUUUUCGAAAAGCUUCGUCCUGAAUGGACCACUAUAAUCGAUGCUGUUUUAUGGUCCCAUAGAUAUUUCACAGGGUCUUCUCAUGGACAACAGGAAAUGGAUAUUUCAUACAAAGAUUAUACCCCAAGAAAAGUCGCAGCCCAUUUCAUAAUCAGUGUAUUUUUGCCAUAUUUGGGCAACAGAAUAACCCAUCUCAGUGGAAAUAUCGAAUGGUCUAGAGUAUAUGCAAAAUUUGAAGCCAUCAUUGAGAUGCUCAGUUUAAUGCACUUCUUCGUGUUUCUCAGACAUGGUGGGCACUCGACAAUUUCGGAAAGUAUUUUGUCAUUGCGGAAUUGGAAUAACAAUCAGCCGCAAUUAAAUUCCGUCAACUACGACACACAGAAUCGCGAGCUCAUGUGGCACGCGUUUCGCGAUCUGCUCGUUUUGAUCUACCCGAUUUUCGAUCGCGUUCGCGAACGCGUUGUGCGACGACAAAAAUUGGCUCGAACGUGCGACAACGAUUCGUUCGAAUGUGUCGUGUGCGACAAACCGCCCGUCAUUCCGAUGAUCGGCGAUAAUUGUCGCCACGUGGCGUGCUACACGUGCGUCGCCUCGCAAUCGAAAACCGCGAUGAGCUGUCCGGUGUGCGAUGAGGAACCGUCGAAAAUGCGAUUCGCCGUCAUGAAGAAAAUCAAUUAG